UCACAUGUAUCUGCAACUGCCAAGAGCCAACAUAGAAGAAUAUAUAUAAAAAGCCGGUCCCCUUUGUCUAUUCACCAGAGGAGAUUCUUACGCAUCAGCUUCAUCUUCGUUUUAGACAGAAAAAGAAGGGAAAAUGGAGAAAGCAAUCGACAGGCAACGUGUCCUUCUCGACCACCUCCGUCCUUCUUCUCCCUCCCAUCACAACUUUGAAUCUACUCUUUCUGCAUCUGCUUGUUUAGCUGGAGAUAGCACAGCGUAUCAAAGGACUUCGGCUUUUGGAGAUGACGUUGUGAUUGUUGCAGCAUAUCGAACUCCUCUUUGCAAAUCGAAGGGUGGUAGUUUCAAGGAUACCCAUGCUGAUGAUUUACUUGCACCUGUUUUGAAGGCAUUGAUAGAGAAGACGAAUGUGGAUCCAAGAGAAGUUGGGGAUAUUGUUGUGGGUUCAGUAUUGGCUCCAGGAUCUCAAAGAGCAAGUGAAUGCAGGAUGGCUGCAUUCUAUGCUGGUUUCCCUGAAACUGUGCCAAUAAGGACUGUCAACAGGCAAUGUUCGUCCGGGCUUCAGGCAGUUGCUGAUGUGGUUGCUUCUAUCAAAGCAGGGUUCUAUGAAAUUGGAAUUGGAGCUGGGUUGGAAUCCAUGACAAUUAAUCCAAUGGCAUGGGAUGGAGAUGUGAAUCCAAAGGUAAAGGAUUUCCAGAAGGCUCAAGAUUGCCUUCUGCCCAUGGGUGUUACUUCUGAGAAUGUGGCACAUUGUUUCGGUGUGACAAGGCAGGAGCAGGAUCAGGCUGCAGUUGAUUCUCAUAGAAAGGCUGCUGCUGCUACUGCUUCUGGAAGAUUCAAGGAUGAAAUCAUCCCUGUCCCUACAAAGAUCGUUGACCCUAAAACUGGUGAUGAGAAGCCGAUUGUAAUCUCUGUUGAUGAUGGAAUUCGCCCAAACACAACAUUAAUAGAACUGGGAAAAUUAAAGCCCUUGUUUAAGAAAGAUGGGACCACCACUGCUGGGAAUUCUAGCCAAGUCAGUGAUGGUGCUGGGGCUGUGUUGCUCAUGAAAAGAAGUGUCGCUAUGCACAAAGGGCUACCAAUUCUUGGUGUAUUCAGGACAUUUACUGCUGUUGGUGUAGAUCCUGCCAUCAUGGGUGUAGGCCCAGCUGUUGCAAUCCCGGCUGCAGUGAAGGCUGCUGGUCUAGCACUUGAGGAUAUUGAUCUUUUUGAGAUAAAUGAGGCAUUUGCUUCCCAGUUUGUUUAUUGCCGUAAGAAGCUGGAGCUUGAUUCACAGAAGAUCAAUGUCAAUGGGGGUGCAAUGGCCAUUGGACAUCCUCUGGGUGCAACAGGUGCCAGAUGUGUGGCUACUUUACUGCAUGAGAUGAAGCGCCGUGGUAGGGAUUGUCGCUUUGGGGUGGUGUCAAUGUGCAUAGGCACAGGAAUGGGAGCUGCUGCCGUUUUUGAAAGGGGGGAUGGUUGUGAUGAGCUCUGCAAUGGUCGGAAAGUCGAAAGCAACAACCUCUUAUCAAACUAUUAACGAUAGACACACCGGGUACAGCAUUGAUAUACGAUAAUGGCAUAUUGCAGAAGCUUUGAUAAUGCAGUUUAGGGUCACUAUAUUAUUCAUAAUAAAAGUGUAACGAGGUAGUUCUAUAGUCGCUUAAACAAAACUAGAAAGGCAGAUGGCUUCUAUUUUUAUUUUCUCAUGCCAUGAACCACUCCUCAUACUCGCUUAGCCUUUACUUUUUUUUAUGAAUUCAAGUAUACAUUCCGAAGUUUCUUGGGUUAAUCACAGAGAUGAAUGAUGAUGGGAGUGGUGUCAAA